AUGUCUUUUGAUUAAAAGACUCUUUAGUAAAAUCAAGACUUAGAUCACUCAAAAUUCUAGCAAUCAGCUUAACCUCUUCAGCCACAUAAACAAUCCACUAAUCAAAUGAACAUCUAAAAUUAAAUGAACAAGCAUUAAUCGGAAUUGAAUAAACUUGCAAAACAAAUGGACAAAUAUUCAUUAAAGUCAGGUUAAGUUAAAAAAGCAAAACCUAAGUCAAGUGGUGUUAGUAUUGAUAGAAAGCAGAGCACAAAUCCUUAAUUCUACAACCCAUAACUAAGCACUAAUCGAGGUUUAAAUGAAAAAGAGCAUGAUCAAAGUAUUCUUAGUUAGCGAGAAAAGGAAAAUCAGGCUAAAAAGAUGGAUAUCAUCCAUAGACUGCAUGUUUAGAGCAAACCCAAUACAGUUGAUAGAUUUAUAUCAAGAGCAUUGGAAAGGUACGCAUCUGGGAAUAAAGAACAGAAUCAAGUUAAAAUAAGCAAACUAAUCACUAAAAACAAUCAAAUUCAUUUAGAUCAUACCAUGAAGUAGGAAACUAAGUAAAAAGAACCGACUUAAGAUAAAAUUGACCUAGGAAAAGUGAUUAACCUAAGCAAUUACUAAAAAUUAACAAAUCAAACUUUGUAGCCCCCAUCAGAGCCAAAUAAAAUUUUAACUAAUGAAUCCUAAAAUCUUAAAAAGAGGACUUUAAAGCCUAAAUCUAAAUCAUCAGUCUCUAAUUUCAGUACCAUAACAAUUAAUAGUUCGAAUACUUUGAUACCUCCUAAGGCCUAGAAUUAUUCUUAGACGUCUACUCAUUUAGUAACUGCAAAUUUAAAACCUAAAAUUCCAACACAUAAGAUAUAGAUUAAGAAAAAGAUCAACAAGUCAGUAUCAUAGAAUAAGUUUAUAAAUAGCGACCUGAAUUUUUCAACUCUACAGAGCUAAAAAAGCUGUAUUCCAGUUUUUAACCUUGCGAAAGUAGAAAGUUCAAAUAUAGUAACAUAUCAAAGUUAAAAGAGUAUUCAGUCUCAAAAGCUACCAAGAUAAUAUAGCAAAAGUAUAGAAUCAUAUAGUUCAAAAGAUGGCUAUAGUUCAAAAUCAUCAAUUAAAACAGUGGUUCAUCAUAAGUAAUCAAAUUCCAUCCUUUCAGAUUAAAUCUCCAUGUCUGAUAAAUUUGUUACUUAGAAAUCUAAUAUCUCUGAUAACUCAAUCAUCGAUAAGUCACCUAGAUAUGAUGUUUAGAAAUAAAAACUAAAACAAAUUACAUUAAAGAUUAAUUAUUAUUGCAAGGAGAUAACUUUAAGUUUGAUUAAAGAGUUCAUUGCUUGUAAAAUGGCUCCAUCAAGAGUAGCCUAUAAAGCAGCAAGAUGUUUAUGCCUAAUCCUCAAUGCUUUCUAUAACUUUGCUUUGUUUAGAGAUAGUUAGUUUAAGAAUUGGAGCGAGAUCAAGUCAUUUUUCAUAUACAGAUCAAAUCAUAUCAUUUAAGACAUUGAAAAUCUAAGAGCAAGAUGCGAGUCUAAUAAUCCUUUUUAUAAUGAAAAGAACAUCAACAUAGUGAAGACUGAAAUAUUAGCUAAUCAAGAAGAAAAUGAAGGAGGAGACCUAAUGUCUCCAAAAGUCAAAAAUCUUAUUUACAAACCUAUUUUCUGCUAUACGUAUUUCUUAUUAGCCUAUUUAAACUAGAAACAACAAUGUGCUAUCGACUUGCCAAGAAAAUCAACGUACAGUUCAAGCUCUCAUCAUUCUAGAAUUUCAAGUCUCGAUAAUAGUAGGAUUAAUGAUUAAAUAAAUGAGGAACAAUAACAUACAGCCUUGAAUAUUAAUGUUUAAAAUAAGGUGAAUAUAGCAGACCAGAUUUUAAGCACUAUCAAUAGAGCUCUUGAAACAAGAGAAUAUAAGACAUAAGUCAAUACUGAAAAAAAGCCUUUGAUCAAGAAAAAGAAUAUUAAAACUCUAUCAUAAUCUUUUGCUACUAAGAGAAAUUCUAAUUUUAGCAGUAAGUCCUAAUCAAUCAAGCUCUCAAGCCAUAAAGAUUCUAAUUAUAGCUCAAGAGUAAACUCUAUAUAAAAAGAUACAAGCCAGAGUCGAACUAUAGAUGUUUCAAGUAGUGAUUUUAAACUUGAUAAUUUCGAUGUGCUUACCCCUCCAGCAAAUUUUUAAUCUAUUGAUUUCAGAUCAGCUGCAUAAACAGCAGAUAAAAAUUUAGAUGAACUUAUCUAUUAAUCAAUAUCUAUGAAAAAGAAUGAUUCAAUUUUGACAGAAGAGGUGCCUGAAAGACCUAUCAGGGACUUCAAAAAGCAAAGGGCUUACCGGAUGGAUGAUGAUUCAAGCAUAGAAAUUGAAAGAGAGAGAAAAGAAGAAACUCAGUUUAUUAACACAAUGGAUAAAAAAUUAGCAGAUACACUUAAGAGUAAUAUAAAAGGAAUGGGAAGGGAUCAAACUAUUAAAAUAGAGGACCUUAUUCUCUAAGUUAAAAAUCAAAACGCAGAUGACUCUGGUACCUUUAUCAGCAGUAAGAAGAGAUAUUCACUUGUGUUCCAAUCAAAUAAAAAACUCUAUAAUGAUUCAUCUUCUAGAAUUACAAGCAAUGAAACUAUGAUAGAGCCUUACAGAGAUUCAUAUAAUACUUAGACUACUGAAACAGAAAAAGAAGCAGAUAGAAACAUCAGCUUAAGAAAUGAAUUAUCAAAUUAAGAGGAAAUGAAGGCUAUUGAAAAUGAGAGAGAUAUCAUAAUUAAGGCAUUGAAAGAAAGAAGAGAGGCUUCAAAUGAUAGGAAAAAGGGUAAUGAAUUAGAAAAGAAGACUCUAGAAACAAUAAAUUCACUUAUUAAAAAAACUUAAGACCUGAUUGAUGAGAGUUUAAAUUUUAAGAGCAGUGUGGAUAGAUGUCCUUCAAUAGUUUCAGUUAAAGACAUAAGCAUGCCAGACUCUGAAAAUGAAGAUAGGAUAAGGACAGUUUAAGAAAGAAGUGAGAAUCAAGAGUAUACGAUUUAGUCGAUACUAUAGCAGCAAACAAAAUCUUACUAAGAUAGUGAAACUAAGUAGAUAAUUUGCCAAGUUGCAACUAAAUAACUAGCUUCAAAGAUUAAGCAUAAAAAGUCCUAAAGCGCUGCUCUCAAUGAAAAGUAGAGAAAAUAGGAUCAUAAUAGAAUUAGACUUGCUGAUAAAUUGAUAUCAAGAUUCAUAAGUAAAUGA